AGAGAAACUCCUCUGAGCCUCCACUCUGCACAAGUUUAAACCUCAAACGCAGGAAAGCAGGAAGAAGGGCAAAGGUUUACACCUUUUUGAGCAGGAUGGGGAACACGAAGAGCAGUGCUUUGUCAAAGGAGCUCCUAGAGGAACUGAAGUCCAACACCAAAUACACCGAAGCUGAGCUCUGUACAUGGUACCAGUCCUUCCUGAAAGAGUGUCCCAGCGGGAAGAUCACCAAGGAGCAGUUUGAAGGCAUCUAUGCCAGCUUCUUCCCGGGCGCGGACCCAACAGCAUAUGCACGGCAUGUCUUCAGGAGUUUUGACACAAAUGCAGACGGCACCUUGGACUUCAAGGAGUACAUUGUUGCUCUGCACCUCACCUCUGGAGGAAAGACUCUGCAGAAGCUGGAGUGGGCCUUUGCCUUGUAUGACGUGGACGGCAAUGGAACCAUCAGCAAAAAUGAAAUCCAAGAGAUCGUCAGGUCAAUAUUCAACAUGAUCCCUGCAGAGGACCAGAAGAAACUCCCUGACGAUGAAAAUACUCCUGAGAAGAGGGCUGAAAAGAUCUGGGCGUUUUUUGGAAAGAAGGAAAACGAUAAAAUCACGGAGGGAGAAUUCAUUCAGGGCGUGAUGGACAACAAGGACAUCCUGCGCUUGAUACAAUAUGAUGAACCUCAGAGAAUCAAAGAUAAGCUGAAAGAAAAGAAGCAAUGAUUCAGGAGAUUAAAUUGCAUCUUCUUGUGAUUUAAGACUGUUAAUAACCAUAAUUUUUUGUUUACCUCUUUCAUUUGUCUGUUUGAGCUACGUCUCUUCUUUUGUGAAGGCUGUUUUGGUUUACAGCUGAACCAAUGAAUGAUUAUAUCAGAUAGUAAAAAAGACAAAGAUCUGAAAAUGUGUUUUGAACUAAGACUGCAGCUGUGCAGCUUAGAUGCUUCACUUCAGGUUAGCUAAUUGGUAAUUAAUGUGGGGCAACCUUUAAAUCCUGGUAAUGUAGGAGUUUUUUUAUAGGAGCUUGUAAAAACUUUGUAGUUUAUGAUGUCAUUAAAAGUGAUUACCUGUGUAUCUUGACAUCUUAACCAAUUUUAACGUUUGUCUGCCAGCUAUAAUCUCACCAAUCAAUUACUCUUACUGAUUGGACAGCUGGGUGUUUUUUCACACUUUGGUUCAUUCAUUAGCCUAAUUGAGAAAAAGUCAGAACAAGAGCUCCUUAUGUGUGGAAUUAGGCUCAGGUUAACAGUCCGCCUGUAUCAACCAAUCCUAUUAAAAGCUGAAGGUCAGUUGAGACACUUGCGUAUUAGCGUAUGUGCUGCUGAGUCCAGUCAGGAUAAGAGAGGCUUGACACAGGGGAACAAAACAUUGUUUGAUUAUAUAUAUUUUUAUUUAUUUCAGACAGCACAAUUAAUUUAUAUUCGCCUGAUUUAUUUUGUUUUUGCAAUUUAACUGAUACAAGUAAAACCAACUGAAGAAAUUAGAAGAAAUACAUAAUAUUUGCAGCAACAAUUGCAAUGUAUGGUCUAAAAACAUUCGCCAUUCAGAGACAGAAAUAAUAAACGACGGUAUAUUAAAAAUGAAUUACUGCUGUUUUUUCAGACAUUUGGAGCGUUCAAGAGUUUUGCUAUUUUAGCCCAGCUGAACUUAGAACCCUUGAGGAUAUUUUAAUUUGAACAAAUACAACUUUGUCAGGCUCCGCCUCCUCCGUCUCUGCUGUGCUCUAGCUCCACUAGUUACCAUGGCAAGUAUAAAAGUGUUUUUAUUUUAAGUGGCUCUGAUUGGUUGUUUUGAAUCAGACAAAGGGAAUUUUGGGAAUGUGUUUUUAGGAAAUAAAACUUGUAUUCGAUACAGAAAAAUGAGGUGUUUCUUUGGUGGUGUCAAGAGUCAAGAGAAGCAGUAAAGUGGGAAGAGUUGUAGUAUUUUGCAGUCAUAUAACUAAACAUUAUAAUACAUUAAAGUUAUUUUUUAGAUCAGAACAUCCUGUUUCAGUCUAAUUUCUUAUGUCUAGGUAUAUAUGUGUCACCGUUUCACAUUUUAGUUGUGAUUUAUUUGUUAUUAUUUAUAAAAUAACUAACUUGUUGGUUCUUCUUUUUGAAAAUAAACUCUCAAGCUCUCA